AAUUGUGACCUAUCAGCGUGCAGCUGUCAGAGAGAAGUUUAGUGGGGCUGCUUUGACACCUCGGCAUGGGGCCUCACUUCUGAGAGGGGGAGCUCUGAGAAAGAGAACUCCUAAGGUAAAAGAGGUAAUAUAGUGUGCUGUGGACUUGGUAAAACUUGCUGUCUUUAGACCUGGCACCCAGAAAAUCACCCAGAAGGCAACUCCAAAGAACCAAGCAACCACUUCCAUCGCUAUGGCUGAAAGGGAGUCCAAACUUCCAAAAGAGUAUUCUGGAAGCUGCUAAAAGCAACGUGAUCCUGUAGGACUCGUUCUAAAAAUAUCCACCAUCAGGAAUACAUGGACUUGCACUGGCUGUCUAAUUGGUCAAAGAUUAAACUUUUUUUUUUCCUGCUUCUCACAUUGGACUUGUUUAAGGAUGUGCAAAACAUAUUCCAAAAGUCCAAUCUGAAGGUAAUUCCUGAAUUCAUUGACUAACCUACACUUGCCUGAGGGCUUCCUAGAAAAAUGUUUCUAUGUUUCACAGUUCUGGCAGUUUCAAAUGCUGCUCAAGGCUCUUUGAAUAUCUAAAGAGACACUUUGAGUCUGAGUUGCUGUCAACAAGCUGGCAUUGGCAAAAAACCUUAAUUGGAAUUCCUUCUGGAAUGCAUUUUACAAGUUAUGAAAUGGACAAGUGAUACUUUUCAAGUGAGUGAGAAAGUUUCGUUUUAGUGUAAAGCCAAUCUGUUAAUCCAAUCCAAAUAUUCCAGUUUACAAAGAAAGUUUUAUACCUCUCUGCUGAGUCAUGAGAAAGGCUGAGGUGCAGUUGACCCUGAAAAAGGGUGCGGAAGAUGGAUCUGGGGGAGUUGCGCCUCCAAGCCCACGGAUACCCUCCAAACGGGCUAAAAUCAACCCUGAUCAGAUGGUGCCUGACCCAAGCUCCAUCUAUCCCACUUCAACGCCACCUGUCUUCAUCCGAAAAAUGAGGAAUGCUGCUGUUGGUACAGGCUGUGACAUCCGUCUGAAAGUAGCUGUGGCAGGAGAUCCACAGCCGUCUCUCUAUUGGUAUCACAAUGAUGACCUCCUCAACAUGGAUAACCAGGAGUACGGAGGACUGUGGAUACGUGACUGCAAGCCCACUGAUGCAGGACUCUACACCUGUAUUGCUACCAACUACCUGGGGGAGUCCAGGAGCAGUGCCGUCCUUGCCGUCUUGGAUCUGGGAGAAGACUCUGAAACCACGGAGGACGAAGCAGCCGAGCCUCAAAUGGAGACCAAAGACGGAGGCAGAGGUGAUCCAGAUGAGACCUCCCAGCGGGGGGAAAAAUGUAUGACACAUUUACAACAAAAUCUACAGUCAAGAGUUCAGCAAGACUUUUUGAGGGAAUCUCCCCCACAAGUUCUCCCUCUCCCUUCCCCUAAAAUUAUCCGUUCAUCCACCUCUCCCAUGCUCGGCCGAUCUGGCUCAGGCCCCCCCACGCCCCUGACCCCACGCAAGAAAGCUGUUGUGCCGAGUGAAUACCAAGACACUGUACCUGGAGAGUUUGAGGAGAAGAUUAAGCAACCUAAGUCUUCAGCCAUGUCCCAGAGUAGUGCGCAGGACUCUCGACCCCAGACCCCUGUCAGUGACUACUCCCGGAAGGACCUGACCCCCCGUCCCUCUCCUAAACUAACACGGCCAAGUUCCAAGAUCUUCGAAAGGGUGAGAGUUUUUGAAGAGCGCAGAAGAAGCAUUGACAAUCCUGAGGGGUCAAUCUCUGGACGCUCUUGGGCUGGAUUUAACAGAGCUCCUUCCAUUGACUCUGAUGAUGGAGGGAGCCGUCUAGGGAUCUCAAGAGAAAGCUCCAAGGAGGACCUCCAUGAAGCUUUGAAGGCAGAUGCAGAGCAGAGAAGAUCUGUGUUCAGGCAAAGAGCUGCUUCUCUGGAGGACAGACCUCGCUACUCCCAGAAAGUGCAAGACAUAGAGCACAAGUUCACCGAGGAGCUCCAGCGAAUCAAGAAGCUUGUGGGGAAACCACAUAUGAAGAAGUCUUUCUCUACUGAACAGCUCUCCACUUUUCACAGGGGCAGGCAGCCUAUAAGAAAACUGGAGCCCAUCCCACCUCAGGUGCUUCAAAAGCUACAGGACCGGGAGCGUGCUCAGCAGGAGCAAGAGAAUAAAUUGAAAGAGCAAGCCAAAGACAAAUCACCACAGGUGCAAACACGGCAGUUUCAGCAGCAGGAAUCAUUGUUACAGGAGCAAGUUGUGCGAGAGAGGUCACCCAUGACAACUAAAACAAUUAACCAAAUGAGAGAGGAGCCUUCACCUCCAGAAGGUAUGUCACCAUCUGAGUUACCUGGACAAAGGAUUCCAAGACUAAUGCAUGGACCUAGUCCAGUUGCUGAGAACACUCGAAGAUCUCCAAUUGUGGAAAUCACCUCUGUGACUGAUGAGCGCCCACACUCACCUCGCAGAACAAGAGCAGAGUCACCAUCCAGAAAUGUCCUGGAGAUGACAUUGCGCAAGGUGGAACCAAGACCUGCAAGCCCACUUGUAAAGAGGGUAGGUCAUGUCCAGGAAGUCAAACCAGUCCACAUAGAGGAUGAAACUGUACAAAGAAAAACACCCAUAGAGAUCACUCUGAGAAAGCUGGACAGAAGACCUGCAAGUCCUCUUGUGCAGGGUGAAAUUAAUGCAGAACAAGAGUGUCCUGUCCAGGCACCACCUCUUAAACCUCCAAGGGUUUCACUCACCUCCACUAAAGAAGAGAAGAUGGAGAUAGAUGUGACUCCUCUAGCACCAGCCAUAAAGAUCACUAUCCCACAGAUCAUUGUUGAAGAGCCAAUGGAGACAGAAACUUCUGUACCUGCACACAGUGAUAAAACAACUAAAAAUGCCACUUCGAAAGAGGAAAAACCUCAGAGAGUGAGAGGGAGGGGAUGUAAACAAAGACCCAUGUCUCCUGAAUUAGAAUCUUCUGAUGACUCAUACAUGUCAGCAGAAGAAGACCCUCUAGAGGCCCCACUGUUUGAGUUUCCUCUUCAGGACAUGGUAGCACCCUCGGGUGCUGAGGUUUUGCUGAAGUGCAUCAUUGCUGGCAAUCCUCUUCCUGAAGUGACAUGGACGCAGAACAAUGUGGAAAUAAUGAACAGUCCCACACACAUGGUGAAAGUGGAGGGAGAGAGGCACUCUCUUCUCAUCAAAAGGACAAAGCCAAGUGAUGCUGGCACAUAUACCGUAACAGCUACAAAUGAGGUGGGCAAGGCUUCCUGCAGAGCCACCCUCUUUAUCAAACCAGAGCCUAGCCUAGACCAAGGCAACCUUGGUGUUCCCAUGGACAUUAGCAGCCCCAUCACCUCUGAUGAGGAGUACCUCAGCCCCCUGGAGGAAGCCAUGGAUUUUGUAGGAUCAUCCUACCAUGGUCCUGAACCCCGGAAGAUCAUAGACACUCGUUUUAAAGAGCCCCCUGCAUUUCAGGCUACAGUAGGUGAUCAGACAGUCAUAGAGGGACAAGAAGUGAUCAUGUCUGUCCGAAUGACUGGCCAGCCCAAACCAAUGCUCUAUUGGCUGAGGGACAGAGUGACCAUAAAAACAGGUCCUCGGCACAUCGUCCGUGAGACAGAGAACGGCAACUGUGAGAUGAUAAUAAAAUCAGCUGUGAAGUCUGAUGCUGGUGUGUACACUUGCAAGAUCAUCAACGAGUAUGGCACCAAACAGUGUGAGGGCAAAUUAGAGGUGAAAGCCACUCCAGUGGAACCUGGCCUAGCCAUAGUGCGGCCUCUCAGGGAUGUGAUGGUGAAGGCGGGAGAGUCGGUGCUGUUUGAAUGUCAUGUGAUUGGACCGCAAGAUGUGGAUGUAGACUGGCUGUCGGAUGGGAAGCUCAUCCAGCCAGCGCUUCUGAACUGUAAGAUGCACUUUGAUGGAAAGAGGUGUAGAUUGCUGCUCAACUCCGUGCAUGAGGACGACAGUGGCACAUACACCUGUAAACUGAGCACGGCCAAAGAGGAACUGACCUCGUGUGCCCAGCUGAAGGUCAUUGCCUCUGUUGAGCCUCUGUUUACCCGAGUGCUGGAUGUGUUGGAGGUCAUUGAGGGUCGAAAUGCACGAUUUGACUGCAAGGUCAGUGGAACGCCACCACCUAUGAUCACCUGGACUCACUUCGACAAUCCAUUAGUAGAGAAUGAGGACAUUCGCAUCCUGAAGGAAGGUGGCCGGCACUCGUUGGUUAUCUCCCAUGUGAGCCAUGAGGAUGAGGGGUUCUACACAGUGGUGGCCAAGAACACACACGGCGAGGCCGAGUGCUCAGCAGAGCUUUAUGUACAGGAACCGCGGCCAGCUAUGUCAUCUCAGAUGGCUAAGUUAGAGAAGAUGCCAUCCAUUCCAGAGGAGCCAGAGGUUCCUGAGAGCGAGGUGGAGCGUUUCACCAUGCCUGACUUUGUGAAGCCACUGUACGACUUGGAUGUUGUUGAGGGUAAAGAGGCCGUGCUGAAGUGCAAAGUGGCUGGCCUGCCAUAUCCCACCAUUUCUUGGUUCCACAAUGGGAAGAAGAUUGAAAGCACUGAGGACAGGAAGAUGACGCAGUUCAGAGAUAUACACAGUCUUGUUAUCCGCUCUGUCUGCCAUGCCCAUGGAGGUGUCUACAAGAGUGUUAUUUCCAACAAGUUGGGCAAGGCCACAUGCUAUGCCCACCUGUAUGUAACAGACGUUCUUCCUGAUCCUCCAGAUGGGGCACCUGUAAUUGAGUCUAUUACUGGCAAGAUUGUUACUCUUAGCUGGAAGAAGCCCAAACGGCUGGACCCAUCAAUUGAUCCCAGCACCUUGAUGUACGCUGUCCAGCAGCAGGCCUUGGGCUCUAUACAAUGGACUAUAAUCGCUUCCAGCUUAAAGCAGACCUCCUACACUGUCACCUCACUAUCCAAGGGUGUCCGCUAUGCCUUUAGGAUCCUAUCAAUCACCAGCAAAGCCUUUAGCAAGCCUUCUCCGGCCACAGAAACAGUACAGCUCAUAGACAGAGGUCCAUAUCUCAAGGAGGCACCAGUUAUUAUUGACAAGCCAGAUAUGGUAUAUGUGGUGGAGAAUCAGUCGGUCAACAUCACGGUCACUCUUAACCACGUCAAUGCAGCUGUCACCUGGAAGAUGAGAGGAGCGACCUUGUCGAACAGAGCCGGGCUGUUUGAGAUGAGCAUGCCUGAUGAUGACCAACACACACUAAAGCUCUGUAAGGUGAGGAGCAGUGAUGUGGGACCACUUAGCUUCACUGCUAGCAAUCCAUACGGGACAGAGUCCUGUCUCCUCUUGCUAGAGAUGGCAGUGGCCCCAACAUUUGAGUCUAUUAUGGAGGAUCUGGAUGUAAGUGUUGGUGAGACCCCUCGCUUUGCUGUGGUCGUUGAAGGGAAGCCCAUUCCAGACAUCCUCUGGUACAAGAAUGACAUCCUUCUAUCAGAGAGCAGCCAUUUUACCUUUGUGUACGAUGACAACGAGUGCUCUCUGCUAGUGCUCAAUACUCAGCCACAAGAUUCUGGGGUCUACACCUGCACUGCCAAGAACCUUGCUGGCUCAGUUUCCUGCAAGGCGGAGCUAACUGUCCAUGCCACUAAACAGGAGAAGGAUGACCCGAUGGAGGAUGAGGAGUCUAUCUUGAGGAGGAUGCGACGACUCACUGAUUACUAUGACGUGCACAAAGAGAUUGGGAGAGGAGCCUUCUCGUAUGUGAAGCGUGUGACACACAAGACGGGAAAAGGGGAGUAUGCAGCCAAGUUCAUCUCGGCUCGUGCCAAGAGAAAAGCCUCAGCCCUAAGGGAGAUGAACAUCUUGUCUCACUUUGACCAUGAAAGGAUCAUCUACUUCCAUGAUGCCUUUGAGAAGAAGAAUGCGGUCAUCAUCAUUACUGAGAUAUGCCAUGAGGAGCUUCUGGAUAGGCUAUCAAAGAAAUCAACAGUGAAUGAGGCAGAGAUUCGCUCCAGCAUGAGACAAGUGUUGGAAGGAAUUAAUUAUCUUCAUCAAAAUGACGUUCUGCAUUUGGACAUUAAGCCUGACAACAUCCUCAUGGCCGAUCAUUCCAGCGAUCAGAUCCGGAUUUGUGAUUUUGGAAACGCAGUGAAGUUUACACCUGGUGAAGCGCAGUAUUGCAAAUAUGGUACUCCGGAAUUCAUUGCCCCAGAGAUUGUUAACCAGACACCAGUCUCCAAGGCAACUGACAUCUGGCCGGUUGGCGUCUUGACCUAUCUGUGUCUGACUGGCGUGUCUCCAUUUGCGGGAGAAAAUGACCGAACCUCCGUCCUCAACAUCAGGAAUUACAACGUGGCUUUCGAAGAGAGCAUGUUUGCUGAUCUCUGCCAUGAAGCAAAAGGAUUUGUCAUCAAAUUACUAGUGGCUGACAGACUGAGGCCAGAUGCCUGUGGGUGUCUUCGUCAUCCAUGGUUCAAGAUACUGAAUAAGGGAAAGAGCAUCAGCACAGAGUCUCUCAAAAAAUUCUUGUUGAGAAGAAAAUGGCAGAGGUCUCUUAUUAGCUACAAGUCCAAAAUGGUCAUGAGGUCAAUACCUGCACUGCUGGAUGACUCUUCAAGUCAUAUUUCCAUAGCUGUUCCACGGCAUUUAAAAGAAGGUUCGCCACCACCAUCCUCUUCAUCGGACUCUGAUGAAGACAUUGAUGAGCUGCCAUUUAUACCUAUGCCACUGAAUAUGGGGUUCUCAGGCUCCAGAAUGUCACUGAAUGAGAUUAUUGGGGAUGAUGAAAUAAUACUCAAGACUAAUAGCAACCUUGAAAGGUCAGGACCAACCACUCAAAAGCCAGAGCCCAUGGAAUGUGAGCAAGCAGAUGAAGCUGGUGAUGCUGAUGUGCAGGGCCGAGAAAGGAAGAGCACAACACUUGUUGAUGAAAAAGGGUCGUCUGAUGAAGGACCAGGGGAAUUGUCCACAAGGACAGAGCAGCCAAAAAGGCCCCUUCGACGAGGUUCAAGUACGGAGUCUGACAAGCCUGAAGGAGCUCGUCGUAGAGGUGAACUGCGUAGAGGGAGCUCAGCAGAUAGUGCCCUACAACUCCAUAUCAAGCCAGAGGAGGGUGCUGAGGAGAGUCCCACAGAAGGUAGAAGAGUCCUUAAAAAGUCUGUGUCUAUGGAACUACCACGAAGGAGCCCAAGCCCAGGAGCGGCCAAGCUGAGCCAAGAGGAUUAUGCCUUGAAACUGGAGCUGAUGAGACAAAGGCUUCUCAGAGGAGGCUCCGUGGACAACAAGAUGAGUGGCCUUCGAGGCCCCCUGCUGGAGACCUUGGGCAUGGGUGAUGAGAAGUGCUAUAUACGAGGACCUCGUCUAGGUAACCCUCCAUUAGUUCGGGCAGCAUCCAGUGACUCUCCUCGAGAUGACAUUCCAAAGACCAAAGUGCUCCGUAAGAGUGCUUCCUUCAGCCAGGGUGAUGCUGAGCCUAUGCCCCUACACCGGAGGAUCGGGGGGCCUCUAGAGAUUCCUGUAGCCCAGGUUGAAGAACGUCGCCUGCAGGAAGCUGUGUCCAUGUCUGUUCUUGCAGAUCCAGUCAAGCCAGAUUCACGCCCCGUUACCCCAAAAUCACUUACUCCUGAACCAAAUAAACAUCAGACAAAGAUAAAUGUAGAAGAAAAAGAACCAUCACCUAUCAGGGAGUUUAAGCGUGAGGAAAUUCCUAUUAAGCAAACAGACAUUGCUACUGUAGUGAAAAAUGAUGAUCAGAAGUUCAGUGAUGAUGUGGUUCAAAAGAAAGACUUAAGCAUGUUAGAGGAAACUAUCCAAGAACCUAAGAAAGUCCUACAAAGCAGGUCAACACCUAUUAUGGUGCCAAGAGUGAUAGUAGAGAAGAUUGAAGAAGAGGAGGAAGGAGAGGAGAAGGAACUAAUCGAAUCUGUAAUUGAACGAGAACCGUCCGUUCCUAAGACGGAGGACGAAGAAGUUGAGGAAGAAGUAGCACCAGUUAAAUCCUCAGAGGUCAUUACACCUACUAGUAACAUUGAGGUUGCCCCAGUUGUGGCCCCUCAGAGUGUUGUCUCACCAUAUGUGACCCCCACUCCCCCUGUACUAACUGUUCUUCCAGAUGGCAGGACAUCUGCAUAUGCAAGUAUCAUGCAGGCCAUUAUAGUCCCAUCACUGCAACCACCCAACCAAGCCACAACCAUCCCUACAUCUAGAAAUAUGUCAACAACAGCUUCUCCAACUGGACCUGUCCCUGCAACCAUGUCCAGACAUGUUUCAGAGUCAAUUCUUAUGUCAACAACACCAUCAUCCAAGUCAGACACUCAGCAAACCACUGAACAUCCUGCAGUUUUCUCUAGAGUUGCAUCAGUAGAACAACCAACAAAGGAACCAAGUCCACCCAAGACUCUCACACAUGCUUCCACAAAGAGAGAGUCGUCUCCUGGAGGUCAAAUCCAAGAUCUUGCGUCUGAGGAGGUCUUUGAGGCUCGAUUCAAGAAACGUGAGUCGUCUCUCACUCGUGGGCUGAAACUUCUUUCAUGGCAAAAGACAGAAGAAAAAUCCACUAUAGUUGCUCCUGAGGUUACAGAAGAGAUGUAUCGUCCAGGACCAGUUGGUGCUCCUUUAGAGUUUGUACACAGAAAAUUGGAGGAGAAGUCCAAGUCUGUUCAGGAUCUCCGUGAAGCCGAAAAAGACCCAGGUUUUAUGAGAAGACUGUCCAUGCGCCUGAAAAGGUCCCCUUCAAUUGAGAGAAAUGAGGAAAAGCCCAAAGAAGAUGAUAUCAGUGUCCCAAGGCGUCGUUUAUCUUGGGCUUUGGGUAGGAGAGGGUCACACGACAAAAAGGAAGUGGAGAUGAUGAGACUGGAUGGAGGACCAGAGGCACCUCCAGAGCCAGAGACCAAAAAGCCAAAUGAGUCUCCUGUGCUAGCUAUGCGCAGGAAGAUCAGCAACACAGUGGCCGGGAUAUCCAUGAAGAUCAGGAGCCAUUCUGAGGAAAGAAAAGAUGGCAAAGAGGAGAAGACAGAAACCAAGAAGACUCCUUUGCUGUCUAUACUGCGGCGUUCUAGCUCAGAGGGAGGCAGUCUGAAGAGAAUGGGUAUCCCACAGAAUCAGCUAGCUUCCCAGUCUGGCAAUGGGGCCUCCUCCGAGUCUUUGGAUUCUAUGUCCAGCAUACAGUCAGAGUCAGCCAUCAAAAGGGCAGAGACUGAGCGGAGGUCACGAUGGGAUCGAUGGGGCCUAACCAGAGGGAGAAGGGAUAAGACCAUAUCCCAGCCAGACAUACCCACUGCUAUAGCCAGAGAGAACGGCUCACUCCACUCUCGCCAGUAUUCCCGGACAGCCUCAGACUUCCCUCCAGUAUUCCAUAUCAAACUGAGGGACCAUGUUCUGCUUGAGGGUGAUCCUGUCACUCUCAGCUGCUUGCCUGCUGGCAGUCCUCACCCACGUAUCACAUGGAUGAAAGAUAAAAAGCCCCUGGAGAUUGAUCCAAGAAUGAAUGUGAUCGCAUGCCCUGAUGGGAGACAGCUGCUGAUGAUUAUGAAGACCACCAAGAAAGAUGCAGGCCUUUAUGAAUGUGUAGCCACAAACACAUUAGCCUCUGUCAGCAGCUCCUGUAAACUCUCUCUCGCUCGUCUGCCAAACCAGCCUGGUACGCCAGAAGUUCCUCAAAAAUAUCACAACACAGCGUUGGUGGUGUGGCGUCCAUCAGACACUGUGGCCCCUUGUACUUAUUGCCUGGAGCGGAGAACAGAAGGUGAAAGUAACUGGCUGAUUGUAGCCACUGGUGUCGCUGACUGUUACUACAAUGUCACGGACCUAACGUGUGGCGCCACCUACAGGUUCAGAGUGGCUUGUGUGAAUAAAGCUGGCCAGGGACCAUACAGCAAUCUGUCGGAGAAGGUCACUCUAGAUGCAGCAGGACCUCCAAAAUCCACUGGAACAGUCAUUGUCAAGACUCUUCCAUCAACAACCGGUCCUGCUGUGGUAACCUCCACCAUGACUGUACCUCCUAUAAAGCUUGCUGGGAAUAAACCUGUUCCCACUUCUUCUACAACUCCAGCACAGUCUUCUGCUCCACCUUCUGCCAAACCUGCUCCACCUUCUGCCAAACCUGCUCCCCCUUCUGCCAAAUCUGCUCCACCAUCUGCCAAAUCUGCUCCACCUUCUGCCAAAUCUGCUCCACCUUCUGCCAAACCUGCUCCACCAUCUACCAAAUAUGCUCAACCUUCUGCCAAACCUGAUGCACCUUCUUCCAAACCCAGUCCAACAACUCAAUCUCCUGCUACAAUGUCCUUGUCAGCCUCCACACAUCGUAAUGUACCUAAGAUACCUCAGGUCCAGCCUCCCGCCUCCAGUACAACCGGCCCUAGCACAACCACCCUGGCCAAAGCCAAAACCACUCUCAAUAUCACAAUGUCCAAACCUGCCACUCCUCCAUCUGCUCCCAUCUUCCCUAGUCCAUCUAAACCCACUCCUCCUGUUGUUCUCCCUAAACCACAGACUCCUAUCAAUGUGGUUCCACCCAUGGCACAAACUCCUCCAGUGUCCCCACCCCCAUUAGUUUCUCCUCCACCCACCCUUGGUAAACCCAUUUCCUCAGUACCCAUGUAUGUCCCUGCAACCACAACAGCUCCUGUGACCCCAGUCACCCCCACCACUCCCUCCCCUGCCCUGUCUCCACCUGUGGUGUUGGUUACAAGUCUCACUCCUGUUGGGGAGGGAAGUGCUACUUCAAGCAGGAUGACCCCUAGUGGAAGGGUCACUCCAUCAGGACGUGUCACACCCACAGGGCGGAGAACGCCACUGGGCAAGCCAGGAGAGUCUGCCUUACGACAGGGUGUGCCCCAGAAACCCUAUACCUUCAUGGACGAGAAGGCCAGAGGCCGUUUUGGUGUCAUCCGAGAGUGCAGAGAAAAUGCCACAGGCAACCUCUUUAUGGCCAAAAUUGUUCCAUAUGAGCCUGAGAGUAAGCAGAGUGUUCUGCAAGAGUAUGAGAUCCUCAAGGCCUUGCAUCAUGACAAGAUUAUGACCCUCCAUGAGGCCUAUGUCACACCACGCUACCUCGUUCUCAUCUCCGAGUGCUGCACUGGCAAAGAGCUCCUCCACAGCCUGAUUGAUAGGUUCCGUUACUCUGAGGAUGACGUGGUGUCCUACAUUGUGCAAAUUCUGCAGGGUCUGGACUACCUCCACAACAGGAGAAUCCUGCACCUAGACAUCAAGCCUGAAAAUAUUAUAGUCACCUACAUGAAUACUGUCAAGAUCAUUGACUUUGGCAGCGCUCAGACUUUCAACCCACUCUUUCUGAAGCAGUUCAGCCCUCCUAUAGGAACGCUGGAUUACAUGUCUCCCGAGAUGUUGAAAGGAGACGUCGUGGGUCCUCCAGCUGACAUCUGGAGUGUUGGUGUACUGACAUACAUCAUGCUCAGUGGACGGUUGCCAUUCACGGAGAUUAAUCCAGCAGAGACAGAGGCCAGAAUCCAGGCAGCCAAGUUUGACCUCAGCAAGCUAUACCAAAACGUAUCCCAAAGUGCCUCUCUGUUCCUUAAGAAGAUCCUGUGCAGCUACCCUUGGGCGCGUCCCUCCAUCAAAGACUGCUUCAACAACUCUUGGUUGCAGGAUGCCUACCUGAUGCGGCUGCGGCGGCAGACACUCACCUUCACCACCACGCGUCUCAAGGAGUUCGUCAGCCAGCAGCAGCAGAUCCGAGCUCAGGUGGCUACCAAGCACAAAGUGCUCCUGCGCUCCUACUCCGCCCAAACCCCCACAACACCCACCACACCUACCAUGCCCACCACACCCACCACUAUAUCCUCUACUCCCUUCACUCCUGUCACUCAAUGAGCUCGGCUUGGUUUUGAUGGAGCGAUGUUACCCAAGGGGAGAGGAUCUCAGAACAAGAGGACGGAGAGGCACGGGCCCGUGAUGGACUGAGACAUGCUGAGCCCUGGCUGGAUCACAAGAGUGUGUGUGUGUGUGUGUGUGUGUGUGUGUGUGUGUGUGUGUGUGUGUGUGUGUGUGUGUGGCCCAGCCUCAGUAACACUAUUCAGAAAUAGAGUGAAACACACCCACUGUCUGAUCUGAGAUAAGAAACUCAAGCACAUACAAUACUGACUAAUACUAGCACAUACAGUAGAUUCUAAUACAUUAAGCUCUGUCAGCUAUGGCCAGCAUGCUCAGUGCUGUUGUGUUCAUUGUCCUGCACCAAGCUCCGCCCACAAACAGCCACACCACACCACACCACACGUUACCUUGCUCUGACCCAUGUUCCUUUUUUAGUGUUUGAAUAAGAUAAGAUAACAUGAACGUGUACAACAUCAUUUGCUAAACAUACUGUAAAUGUGAACUUUUGUCGUGUUUCCAUAUAAUAAUUCUGGGGCCUUGACAUUUGUGGAGAGAAAUAAUAAUAAUAAUAAUAAUAAUAAUAAUAAUAAUAAUAAUAAAUGUAUAUCAGAGUUUUCUGCUAGUUUUUAUGAGAUUGACAAUUUUAUUACAGGUAGUUGUUAUACUGUAUUCAUUAAUAUAUAUGUAAAGUAGACUUAAAGGACAAGUCCAACGUUUUUCCUAACGAAAGAAAGAAUUAUUGUCUGUAUAUUGUACAGUGUUUUAAAACAAUUUGGUUGUUUAUUGUGAGAAAUGAAUGAGUUUUAUGUAAGAUGUGAUAUAAAAAAAAAUAAAAAUACCUGCCAUAGGUUUCCACAGGGUAUAACCGGAAUACAGUCAUCAGUACAUUUUGUACAACCAUAUAAUAUUGUGAAUAAGAUAUUUAUAGUUAAUAUAUUUUUUAAGUUUGCAUAAAAUAUUUCUUUAGGCAGUUAAUUUGAGAGCUGGCAUUGUGGCUGUACCUGCUUCAGUUACAUGAGUCAAGCUAUGAUUUAAAGAUGACACACGAUUCUACUUCAAUACUCAAAUAAAAUAGUCCUUGGCAAGUUAUAUGAUUAAUUGUGUACUGUUUCCUAUGAUGUUUUACUGUUAGUAGGAAUAAAAUAAUAAUAAUAAAAAAAAAGAUGGUUAAUGAUUAAUAAUUAUUUGGUUAACAGUUCAUCCCGAUUAUUUUUUAAUUAUUUUUAUUCUUGUACCACAGCAAUUUGUCAGCACUAAUGAUUUUUUAUUUAUUAAAGAAUGGCACAUUGUAAAUUUUAUUCAUUUACAGUUAUGUUUAAUAUGGUGGUAUGUCCGCAAAACCAUAAUAAAACAAAACAAGUCAUGUUACCAAGUGACCCAGUGUAACAGCUUGACAUGUGACCGUUACAAAAUGCCGAUACUGGAGACUCAUUCCAAAAAUGUUAAAUAAAUAUUUCUUUGCGUAUACAGACUUUUUUUUAAUCAGGUUAUGUACAGUAUUUGUCAGACACGUCCCUAAGUAAAUCGUUACUACAGAAAUGAUACCUUAUUAGAAUAAGCGCAUUAAUAUACACUUUUCUGCCAGAAUUAUUGUCAGUUCUGCUCAUCUAGAACAUUAAUCGACACCUUCUGACCAAUAAGAAUUGAGCAUUUAACAGUGCUGCGGUGUAAGAUGGAUCUAAUGCUAUGUCUUUUACAUAUAGACAUCUUCUCCUUGAAUUAGUUCAGUAUUGAACUUCUCCUCUCAUGCCUUGUGGAAAUCUAUGAGCUCACUUUCUAAAUUUUUCACACUUCCAAAAUGGUUUUAAAACAUUGUAAAAGAACUGUGCGUGUGUGUGUAUGGGGGGGGAUUUUUAUUUUAAAUACCACUGAGCACGCAAUCCUUUCUUACUGUAGUGCCACUUGAUGUUUUACAACAAAUACAGGCUUUUUUGUCCUUGAUUUGGGUCCUGAGCAAACUGUGACGUCAGAUAAAUGUUUUUUUUUAAAA